AUGCGUACAAGCGGUGGGCGGAGUUUUCUAGUCGGUCAGGAAGAGGAGAAAGGCGGACAGAGAAACAUCAAGAUGGCUGCUAUCAGGAAGAAGUUGGUGAUAGUUGGUGAUGGUGCAUGUGGUAAGACCUGUCUGCUCAUCGUCUUCAGUAAGGACCAGUUCCCAGAGGUCUACGUCCCCACUGUGUUUGAGAACUAUGUGGCAGACAUUGAAGUUGAUGGGAAACAGGUAGAGCUAGCGCUUUGGGAUACAGCUGGCCAGGAAGACUAUGACAGGCUGAGGCCUCUCUCCUACCCAGACACUGAUGUUAUCCUCAUGUGCUUCUCUGUGGACAGCCCUGACAGUUUAGAGAAUAUUCCAGAAAAGUGGACUCCAGAAGUGAAGCACUUUUGUCCAAAUGUUCCCAUCAUCUUGGUGGGCAAUAAAAAAGAUCUGCGGAAUGAUGAGCACACCAGACGAGAGCUUGCCAAAAUGAAACAGGAACCAGUUAAAUAUGAAGACGGCAAAGAGAUGGCAAACCGCAUCAGUGCCUACGGCUACCAAGAGUGUUCUGCCAAAACCAAAGAUGGUGUGAGGGAAGUCUUUGAGAUGGCAACUAGGGCAGCAUUGCAGGCCAAGAAACGUGGCAAGAAGUCCACCUGCCUUCUGUUAUAGGCUCUGGGAGAUCAGGGAACUGUCCUCAAGCACAGAUGGAGAGGGCAGCUUCCAUUGAAAUUUGACAUAGGGGAAACUAUUUGGGUGGGUGGGGCAGGAAAGUUAUGCAGAUGCUCAAUUUCUGAUCACCCAUAUACCCUCAGCAAAGUAAAGUGGAUCUGAAAUGAUUUGAUAGGCUUCUACACCUUGGUUCUUGAUCUGUAGAUUAGGUUGUGUGCCAUUUUGCUUGCAUUUAUCAACAUUUUUCAGAUCCAGAGGUUUGUAGGCCAGGUGAUAGGGGGGUGAUUUGAAGUUGAGUAGAUGUAAACAGGGCUUGAAAUGUGCCAUGAUGGAAAUGAAGCGAAAAAAAAGGUCCUUACCAGGCCAAAGACAAUGGUAACAUAAGAGAGGAAAAAGACGUUAAUAUAGCAUAGGUUUGAAUUAAGACCACGUCUACGUGGAUCUUACACAGUAUCGCCUACAUGUAGUGCCUUGAGAGCAGUGGUCAAGAAAAGUAAGUUGACGGGUAGGGAUUCAUAACUUAAUUAGGGUAUUAUUUGUCAUUUGUAGUGUCCACACCUCACGUUUGUGAAUGCUUUCUCCCUGUCACUGGCUUGGCUCCUUCAGGCCCAUUUUUGACUCAGGCGCUAUGCAGGGGUAUGCCUAAACUAGAUUGUAUGAAAUAUUUUCCCAUACUGAAUUACUUACCUGUACUUUAGAGUGCGUGUAUGCAACUGUAUGGUAGUUUGUUUUCUCCAGUGCAGCUCUGCAUGCAGUGAAUGUGUGUAUAUUUGUGUGGUUGUGUAUUAACAUAUGUGUCUACGUACUGUAUGCAUGGAAAGGCCUUCUGCGUCACUGACCUAACCCUUGUUUCCAUGCCAAAGUUACCCCUGAUGGCCACAUUUCAUGGCUCAGGCAGGUAAUGGAAUUAACAGCUACUCAGAGUGACAUAGAAACCUUCACUUUACUGGAAGACAUUGUACUAUAGCCAGAGGCACAAUCAGGUUAAACAUAUGAGUUUUUAGGACUUUUUUUGUGUAUACCAGAUAUUGAUUUGAUUGUGUUAAUCAGUGGGUCAAAUCAUGAGUGGUUUAGUUGAUAAGUUGAAUAUUCUUUCAUAUAGAUAAUAGGCUUAUCUUAUUACUAUAAUGUCCAUUAUGUACUGUAUGUCUUACAAGGCCUUGUAAGGACAUGAUAAUGAUGUGUAUUUCAAGUUUGCCUUUUACUCCACUCCCCCCAACCCCCCUUUAAUGAUAUUGUCAUUAUUGUACUAUAUAACUUUUUAUUGUUGAUGUCUCUAAUUUUCUUAGUAUAUUUUAAUCAUUUUACUUAAUCCUGCUGUUACGAUCAGCUUAUGUCAGUUCAAUGAUAAAUUGUAACCGUUGUAUUGUCUCAUUUAAUUAAUAGAAGGUCAAGGUUGGGGUGCAGUGUUUAGAAGGUUUUUGGGGGUGGGCUGCUAGAAUAGUUUUUUUCUUUUUCUUUUUGUGUGUAUUUUUUUUUUUUUGUACUGUGAUAUAUGGGGAUUUCUGGAUUUUUUUUUUCCCAAAUAAAGCUGGUAGUAGGGUUUUCUGUUGUAAGGUAUUUAUGUGUUCUUUGAUGCAUCCAUUCAUUAUUAAUUACAAUUUUUCCCCUAUAUUUUUUGGCAUUAAUUUACGUUUUCCCUACAAAUAAAACACUCCUGUAAAAAAAA